UUUGUCGGGCUGGAGAGAACUUGCGAUGGUGAUGGCGACGAUGGCGGCCCGACGCUGGAGAGAGACGCAGUGAAGCUCGGCCUCGGCGCGAAUAUGACUCGUGUUCGUCCCUGCUGACUGUCGACGCGGGUUCCGGUGCAUUUGUGGCUCCCGUAGGCUGUUUGAAAGGAAUCUAAAAGGAGAAUUUCUUUAUGUGGCGGUGUCCUGGAAGAGUAUGAACUCGACAAUCAUCUCUCUCAUAAGGUCUACAACAUCUCAGUGUUGAGCAUCAGCAUACACCAGAGUCUAUACAAAGAUUUCCAUGUCUUGUUUGUGAACCUUCCUGAACAGGAUCACCAGGACUACUCCUCGUCCUUAACUGACGAUCUCCAAGUGGUGGAGGUCGCCAUUCCUGGUCGGGGCAAACACUCCUUCACCGGGGCCAUGGAGGAGGAGGAGGGGCACAGCCUGGAGUGCAUCCAGGCCAAUCAGAUUUUCCCCAAGAAAUCCCCCAUCCUGGAGGAGGACAACAUGCAGGUGCCGUUUCCUGAGCUGCACGGGGAGUUCACCGAAUAUGUGGGAAGAGCGGAGGAUGCCAUCAUUGCCAUGUCCAACUAUCGUCUGCACAUCAAGUUCAAGGAGUCACUUGUCAACGUCCCACUGCUGCUCAUCGAGAGUGUGGAGUGCCGUGACAUGUUCCAGCUGCAUGUCACCUGCAAGGACUGCAAAGUUAUUCGGUGUCAGUUUUCGACCUUCGAGCAGUGUCAGGAAUGGUUAAAGCGCCUUAACGUAGUGGUGUGCCCGCCCUCUCGUCUGGAAGAUCUAUUCUCCUUUGCCUUCCAUGCCUGGUGCAUGGAUGUGUAUGCUGGCGAGAAGGAGCAGCACGGAGAGCUGUGCAGACCAGGAGAACAUGUCACUUCCUGGUUCAAGAACGAAGUAGAGAGGAUGGGCUUUGAUACUCAAAACGCGUGGAGGAUCACCGACAUCAACAGCAAGUUCAGACUUUGCCCCAGCUAUCCUCAGCAGCUCCUAGUGCCAGCUUGGAUCACCGACAGGGAGCUGGAAAACGUUGCUUCCUUCCGCUCCUGGAAGAGAUUUCCAGCUGUGGUUUAUAGGCAUGUGAAUACGGGAGCUGUGAUCGCUCGUUGCGGUCAGCCGGAGGUCAGUUGGUGGGGCUACAGAAAUGCUGAUGAUGAGCACCUGGUCCAGUCCAUCGCCAAGGCCUGCGCAGUGGACAGCAGCUCCCGUAAGCACUCCCAAAACUGCAGCUACACCAACAUCUCUGACCUGUCAGAUACUGACUUCGAAUCCUCCAUCACGCACAGCUCAGAGGUCGAGUCUUUGGCCACCCAGCCUCACAAGUUGCUCAUUCUGGAUGCCAGGUCCUACGCUGCAGCAGUGGCCAACCGGGCCAAAGGUGGUGGCUGUGAAUGUCCUGAGUACUAUCCCAACUGUGAGGUGGUGUUCAUGGGCAUGGCCAACAUCCACUCCAUCAGGAAGAGUUUCCAGUCUCUGCGCUUUCUCUGCACUCAGAUGCCUGAUCCAGCCAACUGGCUGUCUGCACUGGAGAGCACCAAGUGGCUGCAGCACCUUUCCGUACUCCUAAAGGCCUCACUCUUGGUUGUCAAUGCAGUAGACCGGGACCAUCGGCCAGUCCUGGUCCACUGCUCCGAUGGCUGGGACCGCACGCCACAAAUUGUCGCUCUGUCAAAACUGCUGCUGGACCCGUACUACCGCAGUAUUGAGGGUUUCCAAGUUUUGGUGGAGACGGAGUGGCUUGACUUUGGCCACAAGUUUGCUGACCGCUGUGGUCAUGGCGAAAACUCUGAGGACCUGAACGAGCGCUGCCCGGUGUUCCUUCAGUGGCUGGACUGUGUUCACCAGCUGCAGAGGCAGUUCCCCUGCUCUUUUGAGUUCAACGAGGCCUUUCUGGUGAAGCUGGUGCAGCACACCUACUCCUGUCUGUUCGGCACCUUCCUCUGCAACAGUGGAAAGGAGCGAGAAGAUCGUCACGUCCAGGAGAGAACCUGCUCCAUCUGGUCGCUGCUGAGGUCUGCCAACCGCACGCUGAGGAACAUGCUGUACUCCCCCCACUCUGAGAGCGUCCUCCACCCAGUGUGUCACGUGCGCAACCUCAUGCUGUGGAACGCGGUCUACCUGCCGAGCUCCUCCCCCACAACCCCCUCGGACGACUCCUGCGCCCCCUACCCGGUGCCCGGUGGCAACUCUGAAGAUGCGCCCCUGGGCAGACACACGAAGACUCGCUCGUUUGACAACCUGCCGAGUGCGUGUGAGCUGGGAAGCUCCCUGGCUCCCAACCGUCGCUCCAGCGACCCCAGCCUCAACGAGAAGUGGCAGGACCACCGACGCUCUCUGGAGCUCAACAUGGCUGUGGGCCCCGACGACGGAGGGAGCGCAGAGGAGGAGGUGCAGUCGAAUGGAGUCGGCGGCCGAGGAGACGGAGACGUGGGCCUGAGGAUCCGCAGCUUGGACGCAGAGGUGGUGAACGGGACCUACGGCAGAGCCGGCGCGGAGGAGGACGAUGAAGCGGAGCUCUCUGUGUCAGCUGGAGUGGCCGAUGGACUGAUGGAGAACAUCCUCCAGGAAGCCACGUCUGAGGAGGCGGCAGCAGAUGUGCACCGGGAAUGUAGCACCGUUGAGGAAGAGGAAAGUAGGUCAGAGGUAAACAACCUGGAUCCAUGUGAGGUGGAGGCUGCAGAACCAUGCACCAAUGGACAUCAGCCCCUGAACGGACUGGUGGAGGCUGAUGAUGAUGAAGAGGAGGAGGAGGCUCCGGUUCUGCCCGCGCAGGAGCAGCUGCAGACACAUGUGGAGGCACCAGAGCUCCAGCAGGACACUUGUGAAGAGCACACGCCGGCGCAUGAGUCCAGUCACUUUGCUUCUGAGUCAGAAAGAGCUGAGUCUCACAGAACUUUAACAAAUGGCUUCACAGAGCCGUCACAUGAUCUGGCCGAGGCGCUGCAGUCCUGCCCCGAGGGUGAGACGGGCGAGCCGGAGCGGGAGAAGAGGGCUUCCCUCAUGGAGAGCUCUACCGAGACUCUGACUGAAGAAGCGUGCAGCAGGUCAGAGCUGGCUGCAGCGGUGAGUCUGAACCGUCCACUUUGCUGGAGGAAAGAGCGGCUGCUGGAGGCCGGCGAGCUGGUGCCCGUCAGAACUUUGAACGGGGGCUGCAGGAAGCCCCCCGUCAGUGCCUUUCCUGAGCCCAGCAAAGACAGGGUGUGCAACAGCGACGGCUCCGACGGCGAGCCCUGCGCCGCGCCCCUCCAUGGCUCCAAGCUCAACGGGGAACGGACGCCGCUGAGUCGGCAGCUGUCUUUGGCGAGCUGCAGCUCUCUGAUCCUCCAGCACCGAGGCUGCUGCUCGCAGCAGCGCUGCUGCCACGCCGCGGUGGGCCGACCCUCUCUGAGCCCGGAGCAGCCGGCGCGCAGCCACCUGGACGACGACGGACUCACGCUGCACACGGACGCCAUCCAGCAGAGGCUGAGGCAGAUCGAGGCGGGUCACCAGAUGGAGGUGGAGACCCUGAAAAAACAGGUUCAGGAACUUUGGAGUCGGCUGGAGAACCAGCAGCCGCCCGGCUCCCUCAGAGUCAACGGAGAUGUGCAGGACGAAGUGAUGACGGACUCAGAGUACAACAUCGACCCAAACUGUCUGUCCCGCUGCAGCACCGAGUUCUUCUCUGAGGCCAGCUGGGAGCAGGUGGACAAGCAGGACACCGAGGUCACUCGGUGGUAUCCGGACCACCUGGCGGCCCAGUGUUACGGCUGCGAAAGCAGGUUCUGGUUGGCCACCCGGAAGCACCACUGCAGUGGCAGGGAUUCUGUUCAGGAGGUCUGGAACUGUGGUAACGUGUUCUGUGGCAGCUGCUGCGACCAGAAGAUCCCAGUGCCAAGUCAGCAGCUGUUCGAGCCCAGCCGGGUCUGCAAGAGCUGCUACGGCAACCUGCAGCUGCGCUCGGUGGCCCUGGACCACGAGCUGGAGAAGCCCAUCACCGCCAGCUCCAACUGAGAACCCUGCUGACUCCGAAGAGCCGCACAGAAUGUCCUGGAACUGUGUGUGUGAGUGUGAGAGUGUGUGACCCGGCUGACCACGAGCGGUGGCUUGUUUCCUGGGCAUGAGACCGAGACGGGCUCCGCUUCUGCUGAAGGGAUGAUCUUAAAGGGCCAGUUAACCACCAGGGCAGCAGCAGCAGCAGACGGCGGUGGCGGCGUCAGGCCGAUCUCCCGCCUCUCUUAUUACCCAGAAGCCUCGGGGCGCUGACUCGGUGGAUCACAGGUAAAGUUGUGCUGGCAGCAGUGGCAGACAAGGGCUCUCGCCGUGUCAUGUGGUGAGGUUCCCCUCUGCUAUUCCACACAGGUUGUUUUGUAAAAUAAAUAAAUAAUAUAUUCAGAUAUAUAGCAUUUAUCAAAGUGUAUAGAGACCUUGAAUAGUGACUCGCUAAAUUAGUCACCAAAGUUCUUUUUAUCUUUGUUUUCUUCUUCAUCGCAGCAUAUUUGGCUUUUUUUUUGUAAAGUAGCAGACGAUUUUGUGUUUUUUUUUCCCCUUGAAAUGAUUUAUUUAUUCAGCUGUUGCUCCGUCGCUGUUUCUGAAUCCACUUCCGUCGAUAAUCAAUGUUGGACGGGCUGCUCGGUUGUCACGGCGACCGCUGCAGGGUGUCUGCCGUCGCUCAGCGGCCGAGGUUCAAAUGACUAGUCUGCUCUCCAGACUGAACCCAAGUCGUCUCCCUCGGGUGUCUGUCAGCGGCGGAAGCUUCCGGAGUUUCCCAGAGCGCCAGUCUUAAGUUGUUUGAACUAGUUCAGCACUCCACUUCCUUUUGUUCUCUAGUCUUCUGCAGUUCACUGUGUUCGCCGCCAGGGGGCGUUCUCUUAAAUAAUCCAGCAAUGUGAAAGGUCAAUAAUAAACAGGUGGAAAAAAAAAAACGAAGCUUUUAUUUGCACACGAAGAGUAGACACUGCCAGAGUUGAGUGGGAGCCACGGUGGGCAGGAGCGUCGGUCAGUGAGGGCUCAGUUUCUUAGUUCUGCUUUUCCUUGGGUCUGUAAUGGACCCAGUGCUGCAACGGCCCCCUAAUCACCUGACCUGUGUGUGUGUGUGUGUUCCUGUGAAUGUGCCGAGAGUGUGUGUGUGUGUGGAGACUGUUGCCAAGCUGUUCUAUUCCGGGUCUCUGAAGAAUCACUCCUGGUUUUGUCCUGUCCCUUCUGACUUUGUCCUCCUGGUCGAUAAGCACUUUGAAGCGUCUCCGGUCCGUCAGGAGUGUAGCUGUACAUAAGCCAUGACCCGAAAAACAACAAGUGCUCCUUGUUACUCUGAUAUUUUCUUUUGUUGGAUUUACUUUCCAGAGCAACGUUGUUAUAGAAUUAAAGGAGAAAUAAACUAGAUGAAGCCAGCGAGCCGUGCUGUGGUUUCUGUGCUGAAAGGACCGACACACUCAAACGCGUCACUUCAGUCUUGUUUAAUGUACUGAGAUACCCAAAAAGAACAAAGCCACUGGAACAUCAAUGUACUCACUGAUACAGAGUGAUCACGUGACAAAAUCACAACCAAGAGAAAGAACCCGAAGCGGCGACUGCUGCCUGGUGAGAGUCAUGCGGACCGGAGAUGGAGAGCGAGCCGGUUGUUUCCGUAGCUUAGAUUCACUGCCACCAACACAAAGAUGAUCGGUCACUAAAGCAAAUAUGGAGGUGGUGGUGGUGGUGGUGGUCUCCCUCGACCUCUGACCUCAACCAAAGUAAUCAUGAGUGUCUGUGCAAAGUGCUGCCCGCGCCUCGCGCCUGCCUCUCUCCCGCCACAUCUCUAGAAAGACGGUUUAAAAAAAAUAGACUUGGCUUCGCCGGCCGACUCUUCCCUUUAUAAAAACUCAAACAUCGAUAUUUACACUCUGGAUGGAAGAAAGUUCGGGUCUGCUCUUCCAUGACGUGCCAGCGCCUCGAAGCUGCGAGGGCUGGACUGGGGAUUGUCUUCAGGUGCACAUGGACGCGUGAGGCUGCUGUAUUUACACACAGGUGAUCCAGACCAGGCGGCGG